CGGCUUCUCUCUACUCGUUUCUCCCUCCCGUCGCCCGGUGGGGAAAAUCUUUCCCUCCCCUCUCCGCCGCCCGCCCGCUCCCGCUUCCGCUUCCGCUUCGCUCCGCCGUCUCCAAUCAAUCCCGCCUCCGCGGCCUACCCAAAAGAAACCCUCCUCCGCGUCCCCCGUCUCCCGCCUCCGCCGCCGCGUCCGGGACGGUGCGAAAGUGAGGCCGGGCCAGGCGUGGCCUGGGAGGGGUUUCGGAUGCUGGCGGCAGUCUAAUGGCGCAGGCUGCCGUCGAGUCCGCGGCGAGCGGCGGCGCGUUCAUCGGGAGGCCGGCCGAGGCCCCGAGGAUGAAGCGGAAGACCCCCUCCGAGCUGCGAGAAGAGCAGUUGAAGCGACGCAUGUCUGAAAAGGUUGCCAAUGAUCAGUCACUCCCUUCCGCGGCGUUUGAUAGGCCAAGCAAUGCGCCUCGGAACCCAGAGCAGCAGAAAAUAUCCAAAUACAUCAGCACUCGUGUCACAGAGGUGUUCCCAGUUAAAAAAUCCAGAAACGCCGGGAAGGAAAAUUGUAAGGAUGCUUUACUGAACAAUGAGAAGGCUCCCAAGUCUGCUGAUGCUGUAACGGCUUCACAGUCUGCAGAAUCUCCGUUUUCACGCAGCAAUGGCGACUCUGCCCAGUUGGACUCUUCUGUUCCAUCGCUCGCGGAAGCAGCAAAACCAGGUUUUAGGAAAGCUGAAAAAUGCAGCAAGAAUGCUUUGCGGAGUGUAUCAGAGCUUCACAUUGGCGAUGAGAAGCAGGCUGGCUCUAGCAAAUUUGACAUGGACAAAGUGAUGAAAGGGUUCGGAGCUCGUGGUGCUUCUGGAGCUUCCAGUGGCACUAACAUACAGGCUGGUGAUGUUCCUUUGAAGUCUUCAGAGGUGUGCCCUUCCAAGAUCACAAUACCAGGAAAAAGAGCUCCUUUGGAUCUCACCUUGAAGACAACCCUGCAGUUUGUUUCAUCAUCUUCUGUGAAGUGGUGUCACAAUUUGAGUACAAGUUGUAGGGGCACUGUUGCUGGAGGUAGGUCUCAAAGUUCAGGACGCACGAGGCAAGAGAGCAACAAGGAAUUCUUGUUCUCGAAGGCACUGCAGUCAUGGGUAUACCCACAAUCCAUGUUACCUGCUCCCAUUGUAUCUGCUAUGCUCUCAUCAACUGCACGAGGAGAAAAAGAUUUCAUUCACAAAAGGUAUCAGGAUUGGGAAGAUUCUUUUCAGAAUCUUUACUACAUGUUCCGGAAGAAUCUGCUGAAUAUCUUCUAUGUUUGUACGGCACAAUUUGUUGCUCUAUUUAUCAGCGGAAACUGUUUGGAGAAGCAGUCCUGUAAUGCCUACCUAUCACAAUCUACACGUGGCAUGAGGUCACUACUACGAAAACAGGGUGUUUCCUUUUCUAUGCCCCUUUGCAAGGCCGAAAUGGAGCAGGCUACCGAAGACGACCUGAUCGAAUUCUCAAAAAUCCGAACACUCAACCUGGGCCAGACACUUCAUAUAGAUGCUUUAUCCGAGGUGGACAACACCACGCAGUCACUCCUUUCAUUUACUGGCAAUAAGAGCGUUCAUGGCUUAUAUGAUGUCUUGUUGAACUACAAGUCCUUUCUGAAUUCAUUAUCUGCCACAGACGUCCCAGUGCUAUAUUCACCGGUGCCAUUUCAAAAUGGUUCCCUCCAUAUUCCGAAGGUAAUAUGCAGGGAGAUGAGGAAAGCCGACAGCGGCCUGGCCUCGUCUAGCGUUUUGGAUGAUGCAGGAGAACCUGGAUCAGCAGCGUCUGAUCCUCCUCUUGCGGCGGGCAGCGUGUGCUACAGCAUGGAGAUAAAGGACGCGGCUCUCCCGCCGUGGGUCGUCUCGGGCGUCUGCGCCGCGAUGACCUCAGACACGGACCGCUUUGAUCUGACGAUCGCGACGGAGCCCUCCUCCUUGGGCCUGAACGCCGCCUUGGCAUCCCUAGGCGGCGGCGCCCAGUCGAAGACGACACCACCGGAAGGCGGCUGUGAGGCCUUGGUUGUCCCUGGCGCCGUCCUGGUCCCCUUGCUGCGCUCGGCGGCGCUCCGGGGACUAAGGUACGAACGCGGCGAGUACCUCGCGCGCACGACCGCGUGAGCUCCCCCCGGCCGGCGCCUCGGGGCUCAGAGAGGGCGGUGCGUGUGCUUGUGUGGACCCGCCAUUUUUUGUUGUUCCGGUGUGGGCAGAAGUAGAAGGCCUCCACGCCAUGAUGUUGAUCUAGAGUAGAAGUAGAAGCCUGAUCGAUGAAAGAGAGAGGCUUGUAGGAGGAGGUAUAUCCAGUUCCAGCUGCUCAGCUUUUGCGCUCCGGGUAGGGUAGUGGUAAUGGAGGACUGUAACUUUUGGGCCUGUGUUAUUUACCCUUUACUGACUGGUAAUUAAUCUGCUAAUUGAUGGGAAAAGGAAGUUUCUACA